AUGGCGCUCCCCAGUGGGCACAGCCAGGUGCUGUUGCUCUACAGCUACAACAAUUGCCACAACUACAACAACCGUCCCAACUACAACCACCGCGGAAACUGCCACAACUGCCGCAACUACAACAACCACCCCAACUACAACCACCACCCCAACUACUACCACCGCCGCAACCACCACCACCGCUGCAACCACCAUCCCAGCUACAACUACAACCACUACCGCAACUACAAUAACCACCCCAACGACAACUACAACCACCGCGCCAACUACAACAACUGCCGCAACUACAACCACCGCUGCAACCACAACCACGAUCCCAGCUACAACUACAACCACCGCCGCAACCACAACCACCGCCCCAACUACAACAACCGCCACAACUACAACCACCGCUGUAACAACAACCACCAUCCCAGCUACAACUACAUCCUCCGCCGCAACCACAACCACUGUCCCAACUACAACCACAUCCACAACUACAACCACCACCCCAGCUACAACCACCGCCCCAAUUACAACAGCCGCCGCAACUACAACCACAACCACUGCUGCAACUACAACCACCACCCCAACAACAACCACCGUCGCAACUACAACCACCGCCGCGAAAACAACCACCGUCCCAGCUACAACUGCAACCACCACCGCAACUACAACAACCACCCCAACAACAACUACAACCACCGUGCCAACUACAACCACCGCUGCAACUACAACCACAACCACCACCCCAACUACAACGACCGCCGCAACCACAACCACCAUCCCAACCACAACCACCGCUGCAACUACAACCACAACCACCGCUGCAACUACAACCACCACCCCAACUACAACCAGCGUCCCAACUACAACCACCGCCGCAACAACAACCACAACCACCACCCCAACUACAACCACCGCCGCAAGUACAACCACAACCACAACCACCGCUCGACAACCAUCAACCCAACAACAACCACCACAACUACAAUCACCGCUCCAACGACAACCACUACAACUACAACCACCGCUCCAACGACAACCAUUACAACUACAACCACAGUCCCAACUACAACCAGUACAACUACAACCACCGCCCCAACUACAGCUACAUCCAGUAUUCCAACUACAACAACCAGCUCAACAACAAGCAUCCCAACUACAACCUCCGCCUCAACAACAACUACCAUUGCAACUACAACCACUACACCAACAACAACCACCACCCCAACUACAACCACCGCCUCAACAACAACCACCGCUCCAACAACAACCACCGCCCCAACUACAACCACCACCCCAACUACAACCACCACCCCAACUACAACCACCACCCCGACUACUAUCACUACAACUCCAUCCACUACCCCAACUAUAACCACCACCCCGACUACUAUCACUACAACUCCAUCCACUACCCCAACUAUAACCACCGCCCCAACUACAGCUACAUCCAGUACCCCAACUACAACAUCCGCCUCAAAAACAACCACCACAACUACAACCACGGCCACAACUACAACCACUACACCAACUACAACCACGGCUACAACUACAACCACUACACCAACUACAACCACGGCUACAACUACAACCACUACACCAACUACAACCACCACUCCAACUACACCCACUGCCUCAACUACCACAACCACUACCCCAACUACAACCACUAAAAUUACAACCACUACCCCAACUACAACUUCAACUGCAGGAUCAAGUACAACUACUGCCUCCACAACCAAAAGUGAUGCUUGUUCCAUCAGACUGGGAAUGAUCCAUCUGCUGCUUGGACUCCUUCUCUUUACCUUUCAUUGA